AAAUAUAAAGGGAUGACCCUAGAAAGGUGGCUUGAGGCCAGAUCUGGAGGGUCUUGCAUAUCAUGAUGGUAAAGUGUUUGGACUUUCUUAUGUAGGCAUUUUGACCUGGGAAGUGGCUUGAUCUGAACUGUAUGGUUGAAUGAUAACCCUGGCAGUGGAACAGAAGAUGGAAUGGAGGAACAAGAGAUUAGAGGUUUAGCAUGAGCUUCAACAGACAUAAUCUAAAAUACUACGUGUUACCCAAAAAACCAAAAAAGGUGGCAUUUGAUUGCUUAGAAUGGAUCAGAAAGCAUCACCCACAUGACUCAGGGAUAAUUUACUGCCUUUCCAGGCGAGAAUGUGACACAGUGGCUGACACAUUACAGAAGGAUGGUCUCGCUGCUCUGGCGUAUCAUGCUGGCCUCAGUGACUCUGCCAGAGAUGAAGUACAGCACAAGUGGAUUAAUCAGGAUGGCUGCCAGGUUAUCUGUGCGACGAUUGCAUUUGGAAUGGGGAUUGACAAACCUGAUGUGCGAUUUGUGAUCCAUGCAUCCCUCCCUAAAUCCGUGGAGGGUUACUACCAAGAAUCUGGCAGAGCUGGAAGAGAUGGGGAAAUCUCUCACUGCCUGCUCUUCUAUACCUACCACGAUGUGACCAGACUGAAGAGGCUUAUACUAAUGGAAAAAGAUGGAAACCAUCAUACGAAAGAGACUCACUUCAAUAAUUUGUAUAGUAUGGUACAUUACUGUGAAAAUAUAACAGAAUGCAGGAGAAUACAGCUUUUGGCUUACUUUGGCGAAAAGGAAUUUGAUCCUUAUUUUUGUAAGAAAUACCCAGAUGUUUCUUGUGAUAAUUGCUGUAAAACAAAGGAUUAUAAGACAAGAGAUGUGACUGAUGAUGUAAAAAAUAUUGUAAGAUUUGUUCAAGAACACAGUUCAUCACAAGGAACAAGAAAUAUAAAACAUGUAGGUCCUUCUGGGAGAUUUACCAUGAAUAUGCUGGUCGACAUUUUCUUGGGGAGUAAGAGUGCAAAAAUUCAGUCAGGAAUAUUUGGAAAGGGAUCCGCUUAUUCAAGACACAAUGCUGAAAGACUAUUUAAAAAGCUGAUACUUGACAGGAUUUUGGAUGAAGACUUACGUAUCAAUGCCAAUGAUCAACCAAUUGCAUAUGUGAUGCCUGGAAAUAAAGCCCAACGUGUACUAAAUGGGCAUUUAAAGGUAGACUUUAUGGAAACGGAAAAUUCCAGCAGUGUGAAAAAACAAAAAGCUUUAGUGACAAAGGUAUCUCAGAGGGAAGAGAUGGUUAAGAAAUGUCUUGGAGAGCUUACAGAAGUCUGCAAAUCUCUGGGAAAAGUUUUUGGUGUCCAUUACUUUAAUAUUUUUAAUACUGUCACUCUCAAGAAGCUUGCAGAAUCUUUAUCGUCUGAUCCUGAGGUUUUGCUUCAAAUUGAUGGUGUUACUGAAGACAAACUGGAAAAAUAUGGUGCAGAAGUGAUUCCAAUAUUACAGAAAUAUUCUGAGUGGACAUUACCAGCUGAGGACGAUUCCUCACGGAGAAGCCCCUCCAGCAGCAGAGGCACUGGAAGAAAUGCCCCUGAGGAGCUGGAUGAGGAAACACCCAUAUCUUCUCACUACUUUGCAAAUAAAACCAAAAAUGAAAGAAAGAGGAAAAGGAUGCCAGCCUCCCAAAGGUCUAAGAGGAGAAAAACUGGUUUCGGUGGUUCCAAGACAAAAGGGGGGUCCAGCACAUGCAGAAGGAUACCUUCUAAAACUAAAUCCUCCAGCAUAUUUGGACCCAGUUCAGCUUUGCAUGGCUCUCAAGCAGCAUCAGGAGUCAGUAGAAAAUUGGGGAUUAUGGCUCCACCAAAGCCUGUAAAUAGGCCGUUUCUUAAGCCUUCAUAUGCAUUUUCAUAACAACCAAAUCUCAUCUCAGUGUACAUAGAUCUUAGUUGUUGUUUGUCAGCAUCUGACCAUCUGUGAAUAUAAAGCUGUUAGUUUCGUAAUACCAUUUGUAAUUUUUAUCCAUAUCUAUUAAUAUGUAAAUAAGUGCUUGGGGUGACAGUUCUUAUUUUUUAAAUAAACAUUUUCUUUUGAAACGCAUGCAUGAUUUGCUGCCACUGCAAGUGUUGUGGCCAUCGUUUCUCAGAACAUCUGAAGCAGCAGCUGAAUCAUCUCAGUGAGAGAAAUUUUAAGUACAACAUCAUGAAACACAGAAGCCAAAGAAAAAGACUCACAUGGGACAGCAUGAAACUGUAAAACUUUUUGUAGAAGACAACGUAAACAAAAUUAAAACAUAAAUGACAGAGAAAAAAGGGAAACAAUAUAUGGCAAAGGAUUAAUAUCCAUAAUAUACAAAGAGUAUCUAUAAAUCAUUAAGAAAAAAAAGACAACCUAGUAGAAAAAUGAACAAAGGAUGUGACUAGGCUGUUCUCAGAAAAGGAAAUGCAAACAGCCCACAAAUAUGUGAAAAAUGCUCCAUCUCCCUCAUUAAAAGUACCAGUUAGAACAA